CAUUGCCGAACCUCACAAUAGCUUUAUUUGGUCACUCAUCCCGACGAACUACCAAUUUAUAAUCCUUUCCCGCCGCAUCCCGCAUCCACACGUUUCCAUUUCAAGAUCAGUACCAUUUGCACCUGAAUCCGCCUUGUCACGCCCCGCCCCGCGGUCUUCCAGUAUCCCGCCGUGCCCCGCUCCCAAGGUGCUUUGCCAUGGCGCAGGGUCGCUUCAAACUGGCGGCGCGGAAACCGGCCACGGGAAAGACUCGGAGCGGAGUCCGGGGCCCGAGGAAGGGAGGUCGAAUAAUUGCUCCCAAAAAGAAGCAAGUGAUUCAGCAACAGAAACUAAAGAAGAACCUGGAAGUAGCUAUAAGGAACAAAAUCGAACAUGAUGUCACCAUGAAAGCCAGCUCCAACAUGCCUAAGAAACUCAACAUUGUGAAAGCACCGCAGAAAAAACGUACGGUAGACAAAUAGGAAUGCAACUGGGAAAAGCUUGGAGAAUUCGGAAAAACAGAAGGGAUCCUGGCAGCAGUUGCUAAAUGAGACCUUUUUAAUAGCCCUGACAAUUUGAAUAUUAAAAAUAGUUGGUUUAAUAUUGUUCAAUGUUGUCAUUUCAGAAUCAGAUUUAUUAUCACUCUUACAUGACACGAAAUUUGUUUUGCAGCAGCAGUACAGUGCAAAGAUGUAAAUCUACUGUAAAUUUAAAAAGUGGAAAAACAAGGAAUAAUAAGGGAAUAUUCAUGAACCAUUCAUUAAUCUGAUGGCGGAGGGAAAAAAGCUUUUCCUGAAUCAUUGAGUGUGGGUCUUUAGGCUCCUGUACCACCAGUCCGACAGUGGAAACAAGAAGAGGGUAUGUCCUGGACAGUGAAGGUCCAUAGUGAUGGAUGCUGUCUUUUUUGUGGUUCCGCUUCUUGAAGAUGUCCUCAAUGGUGGGGAGAGUUGUGUCCAUGAUGGAGCUGGCUGAAUCUACAACCUUUCUGCAGCCUCUUGCAAUCCUGUGCAUUGGAGCCUCCAUUACGACCUGUGAUGCAACCAGCCAGAAUGCUGUGCACCCUAGGUACAGAGAAAUUUGCAGGUCUUUGGUGACGUACUAAAUCUCAAACUUGGCAUUUGAUAUCAAUAUUCUCAUGUUGAUACCAAAUGCCAAAGUAGAAUCACUCAGCAAUCACUGUAUCCUGGUUACGGGAAGCUUUUGAAUUCUUUUCCUGCUAUUGCUAAAAUCUUCGUUCACCCUUUGUGUGAACUUUAGCCCUGUGGAAUUCCAGCCAGUACUGUCCACAUUCAUUCACCACCUAACAUUCGAGAUUCUAAUUAUUUGUUAUCAUUCUUCAGUGCACCUGUAAAGGAGAAUGAAAUGAUUGUUACUCUCGAGCCAAUGCAACAUGAAACACAAUAUGCAUAAAGAACACAAAAAACAUAAAUAUGAAAGCAAUCCUGUAAAACAAUGUAUAAAUAACUAUUCUAUACAUAGACUGUUUGUAUGCACAUGAGAUGACACUAGGUGAUGUAUAUGUAGUGGUGCGGGUGGAUGGUGGUGGUGAUCAACCAGGCAGCUUGGAGGAAGUAACAGUUUCUGAGUCUCAUGGUACCAGCAUGGUUGCUGCAUAGCCUCAUCCCUGAUGGGAGUGGGUCAAGCAGUCCAUAAGCAGGGUUGUUGGGAUCCUGUGCAAGCUCCAGUUUUACCCACGGUAUGUAGUCCAUUUCCCUACUAUUGCUGUCAAUGGUGAGGGCCCUUGGCUGUCUAACUUCAUUAAACAUCCCCAUGGUUUUGUUCCUUUGUGCACUCUCCAACCUUCUUCUGUGUCCUCCUGGCUCUGCCUUCCUUGCUGAAAUCAGGAGCUGUAAACUGUCUGCUGCAGGAACUUCGCAGCUCGAACAGCAUCUGUGGGAAUUACUGGUGUUUCAGGUCAAAACCCUAAUGUGUCCUUUUGCAGAGUUUCAAACCAAAUCAUUGGCAAUUCCUUUGCCCCAGAUUCUGCUCGACUCGUUGAGUUCCUCCAACAAGAUUUUGUUUGCUUGAUUAACUUUGUGUCACAUGUACAUUGAAGCAUACAGUACUAAACAAAAGUCUUGGGCAUAUGUAAAAAAAAUUCUGUGGAUGCUUUCAAAAAUAAUGGUGAAGUUACUAAAUAUUAAAAAAACUAUAAAAAGCAGUAAACUGAAAAAAAUCAAUAUUUGGUGUGAGCACACUUUGUCUUUAAAACUACAUCUAUUCCUUUAGCACCACAUACAAAUGCUGGAGGAGCUCAGCAGGCCAGGCAGCAUCUACGGAAAAGAAUAAACACUCGACGUUUCAGGGCCAAAACCCUCCCAGUCCUGAUGAAGGCUCUCGGCCUGAAAAGUUGAGUAUUUUUCUCCUUUUCAUGGAUUCUGCCUGGCCUGCUGAGUUCCAACAGCAUUGUGUGAGUGUUGCCUUGCAUUUGCAGCUUCUACAGAUUUUCUCGUGUUUGUGAUUCUAUUCCCUUAGGUACACUGCCAUCUAAUUUUAUAAGAAAAUCGGCUCAAAAGUUGUUCCAAGCAUCUUGGAGAACUUGCCACAAUUUUUCUGCAGAUAUUGACUGCCUUGCUUGCUUCUGUUUCUCCAUGUAAUCCUAGACACCCUUAACAA